ACUAAACUUUGUUUCUCUCCCCGUGUGAUGGAGUUUCUUCUCUGGCACAGCUGCGUUUCGACAUUUUAGGGAUUGCCUCUACCGUCACAACCUAACAACCUCGUCUGCUCCAGUCUGAUCGUUUCAAAAUGGCGCCGUUCCCGGACGAGAUCGACGUCUUUUCCGUGCCGCAUUCAAGGAUGAAGAGACUCGUGGAGGUCUACUCCGAAAAGCUUAUCUGCACGGACUUCUCCGACUACAGCGCCCUAGAGUCGCUGCUGCACAGCUUGCACCGGACUUUCUGCGAGUUCAAGUGCCACGAGCAGAUCGAGAACCAGCUUAUAAUGACCAAGCUCAAGAAGAAGCUGAAGACGCUGUCGAUCCACGACUCGUCCGUCUGCAAUUGCCACAGCGACAACCGUUUGUCGGACAUGCUGGCCCUGGUGCACGACGGCUACUCCUGCACCAACAAGUCCGAGUCAGAGCGGCUCAACUAUGGGCUCCGGCUGCGCCACGCGCUGCUCGAGUUCACCGACAAGUUCCUGCCGCACAUGAAAGAAGAGGAAGAGGUGUUCCAGCCGAUGCUUAUCCAGUACUUUGGCUACGAGGAGCUCAAGACACUCAAGGAACUGGUGAUACAGGAGCACAGCAAGCGCCAAGCACGCUGCUCGGAAGAAAAGUGCUGGAGCGAGCUCGAGAACGUCGACAAGAAGGCCGAUGACGAUGACACCGAGCUCCAGACUCCGGCCGAAGACGCAAAGUCCUUUGCCGACCUGCCGGAGGAGAUCCUGCUGGAUGUCUUCUCACGGCUGACUGCCCGGGACCUGUCUCUCUGCGGACGUGUCUGCAGGACUUGGUACAGCGCGUCCAGGGACCCCACCCUGUGGAGAGAGCUCUUGCCCGUCCACUGGGCCAGAGGGGUGUGGCAGAGGACGGUGUUGGAGCCCACCUGCCAGGAAGACAAUGAGAAGAGCCUCGACGAGGAUGCGGACUUUGACGAGUCGAGCAGUGGCAACAGCUCGUCCGAAGAAGACGCCUCCUCGGUCUCGGUCGGAAGCGUCAGGAGGGAGACGGCGCUGCUCGCCUCGCUCGCCAAGCACCUCCUGCCCGUCGUAGGGGCCGGGGUUCGGACUGUGAUUCUGGCGACCUCCAAGGCCCUCAACAACAGACUGCUGAGGACGAUCUUGAAACACUGUCCCAACGUACAGCACCUGGACGUCUCCUACACCCAGACAGGAGAUGCGGCGUUCAAAGGGCUCGAAGACCACGAGGCCUGCUCCUCGUUGGAACACGUCGACCUCUCUGGCUGUUCGUCCAUGACCGAUGUCGGCCUCGUGCGCCUGGCACAGUGCCUGCUCCUUCGUCGCGAGACGCCGUCGCACGACGCCGACCCCCGCGUGGACGUGGCAGUCCCCUGCUCCGCGGCGUCAAACGUCGUCUUGCACGGCGUUCGUCGGUUCUGCGACGGCUGUCCAUACCGGGACCGCUGCAGCGGCGUGGUUAGCCUCUCGUCUUCCGCCAACCUGUCGGACUGGGACCUGUCCAGCUACCUCUCUUCGGUGUGCGCUCUGUCCGGCCUCGAUUCGCCUCCGCCUGGCUCGUCGGGCCGAGACGCCACGUCGGAGCGGAUUUGGUCGCUGCGGGGCUCUUCGUCGGACUGCAACCAGUCGGCGUGGGACGUGCCGGCCUGCGCCUACAAGGAGGAGCCGUUCCGGACAUCUGGGCUCAGGUUUCUGAACCUGUCUGGAUGCUUCAAGAUCACGGACGACGGCUUGCUGUUUCUGACGGACCAACACCUGCUCUCCCGACUGGAGUACCUGGACGUUUCGGGAUGCUUCCAGCUGACGGGAGGCGGCCUGGGCGAACUGAUGCGAGGAGCCCCGCGCCUGCUUCCCGAGAACCUCUUCUACUGCGACUACGUCGACGGCGGCCCUUUCCAGGAGUCUGCCAAUGGCUGCCAGAACCUGCAGUGCGUCUCGCGAGCCUGCUGCCGCUCGGGGGAAUGAGUCGGCAGGUUGCGAGAGUCUUGAUUUCGGCCCUUUCAGAGUCGUGACGAGCCUGGCUUGCUUCUGCUGGACUCGACGAAUGUAACCAAGCUGCCGGCGUGAACGGUUUGAAAUGGUUCAAACCUUCGGUGGACGUUACGAACGUUCGAAAACUAAAACUAGUUUUUGGUUUUGAGAGGUUGUAGGCUGGACCUGUCUGAUUCAAAGCUGGAGGAAGAGAAUCAUUUCAUUUAUUUCAUCCUUAAAUGCCCACGGGGGUCUUUUAAAGGUCAACACUUAACUUCCUCUUUUAAAUUUUCGCCGCUGCACUUUGGCCUAUUUCUCAUCAAAGUUGUACGAUUGUGACGUGAAAUGUUGUGGCAUAUUUGUCCUGAAGAAAAUUGGCGAAGGGUAACAAGGCGGGUGAUCCAUCUGGCUUGUUGUCCGCCUCUUUUCACCUUUGUCGGCUUACUGAUUUCGGUGAGAAUCAGGCCUAACUGCAGGACACAGUCAAAGAAGAGAGAGGCAUCUGAACGGCAUCGCCUCGCCGCGGAGCAAGUGUGUCAGAGGUUCGCUCGCGUUUUUGACAAAUGCCAUGAGAUGGCACCAAUUACGAAGGACCGAUAAGAACCAAUUGAGGAAUCGUCUUUAGUCUCGCCCCUGCAAAAAGCUCUCUAAACUCUUAAUGCUUCUGCGGGAAAUGUGCAAAGCCGAAGUAAACUUCUGCUACCUUGGCUGCCCCGGUUCAUGCGCCUCUCUCUUCCACUGUGCUGCUCGGUUCCCAUUAAUGAAAUUCAAUCCUUAUUUGUAUCUUUUGAUUUGAGCUGCUUCAUCCUUUGCUAUUUUUCAUCGGCAGUCCGCUGUCCGGCCGCACGAAGUUACGGCGUCGUAGCCCACAAAACUGGUUUUCAUUGUACGUUCGAAGUGGGCCUGAUCUUUUUGGUCUUCGGUGUUGAAGGUCCUCCCACUGAACCUGGGCUUACGCAGCUGGAGCGCACAAGAUGGUUCCAGGUGGCUUUCAGGGGAGGUCCUUGGGCGUGCCAGGCUCGUUUGUGGCUUUGAGAGGGUUACGAAGUGACUGAGAAAGUCGAGGAAAUUUUUUCGUUUCGAGCUUGUUUCAUUGUGUUACUUUUGUUCUUGUGUCGGCGGUUAAAGGCUGGUUUGGCAGUUGGGUGGGGUUUCUGGCUUGAAGGAAGAGCGACCUCUUAUUUUUUUUCCAAGAAAUAUUUAAUCUGAGGGAAACGAGUUUUGGAGCCUCGACCUUCAACUUUUUGUUCCUUUUCCUCUUUCUUUUUAUUUGACUGACGUUACUACAUUGACCAAUGCCCUAUUUACUUUGUUUCUUUUGGUCUGCUUAACUGGGUAUAAUUGGUAGAAGGUCAGGGAGGUUUAGUACUGGUGGGCUGUCCUAAUCUGCGUCAGUAUUUCUCCGUUCCAGUGAGCGCGGGGGGUUUUGGCUGGAGCUUUUCAUGGGAACAUAGGAACUUCUCAGGUUUAAUUGUCUGUUUAUUUGCUGUCUUGAAAGGAUGAGCGAGCGUUUUAAUGUUCUUUGUGUCCACUAAUUAGGGAUCCAUGGGGGAUUUCUUUAUUGCACUUUCUUUUUGACUUGCUUAUUUCUCCAAGAAAGUUUAACAUAUUGGUUUCUGGGUAACCGGCUUUACUUGUCCCCCCAAGAAAAAAGCAAGUUUUGCGCAUUAUUCAUCUGCUUUGCAAAGUAGUAUGUACAAGAUUUGGUUGCCAGCGAAAAAAAGCUACUAGGCUUUUUGCACUUGUAACACAUAUUGUUUUGAUGAAAUAGCAAAUAACUGGUCUCAAGCAGUGCUUUGUGAGGAGUAAAACUUUUUUCUUUUUAUAUAAUUCUUGAGAUGAAUACAUGUAUAGAUUUGCAGUUGCAUGAUAGAGAGAAUAUUUUGAUGCUGUGGAGAGAGUAGAAUGUAUGAAAGGUCUGGGGCAGAUUUUUCAACUCUAUUUUCACCUUUCCAUUUUUUAACUGGGUUAUAUACAUAGUAGCUUUCUAUAUGAGAGUCCAUGGAAGAAUUCUGUUGUUGAACUCUUGGAUUAGAUUCUUUUGUACCUUAAACGUCGACCCUCUUACUAGUUAAUUUUCCAGUGUAAGUUGACCGUGUCUUCGUCCAGAAAUCUGAGGGGACGGGCGUCUAAUCACAGUUUUCUCGCUCUCUAGUUAUUUUCGGGGCUAGAGUGGCUGUAUCUUUGUUCAGAAAUGUAAGGGGAUGGACAUUUUGUUAUAGUUGCACUUUUCUUACCUCUGUUGAAGAUACCUUUGACAGUUGCUUAAUUGUAAGCUCUGUAAGUUCAUUUAUGGCUUGCACCAGGCCAGGGAUGACAUGAGCCAUUUCAUACAACAGAUUUUAUAAGGAAUGAAAAGGAAAACCUAUUUUUGCUGUCCGUUUGCAUUGGCCAUAUGAUGGGGGUUCUGAGAAAUAAAUUAGUAGCUAGUAGCUGCCUUUAACACCAUCACAACAGUGGCAUAGCCCUGGGGGGGGGGGGGGGGGGAGAGGGAGAGAGGGAGGGGGAGGGGGAGAGGGAGAGGGGGGGAAGCUAAUGGGGCUUCAGCCCAUCCCCUCUCCGCACCCUAAGUCCUGGACAUCCCAGCCACCUCAACCCCCCCCCCUCCCCAAGAAAAAAAAAAUCUUCCUGGCUACACUACUGCUUUAAAAGAGAUGAUUUUGACUCGGCUCCUAUUUUUUUCCCCUCUUAGGUUGCAGUUAUAUGUAAUGGUGUACUUUAUGGUUUAUUUUUUAAAUCUCUUGCUCAGCCUCUGUUACAUAUCUCAAUUUUGUUUGCUUUGAUUAUGCUGCAGGAACGGUACCUAAGUUGUAGAUACUUAGGCCAAGUUCCGCAACUUUCUGUGCAGGGAUCUGCAUUAGUCCUGUGGAAACCUGUUCUGGCUACCAUUUGUUUGUAUCUUUAUUCUGCUGCAAAAGCAGUCCAGCCUUCAGUUGCAUAACAUUGUAUUUUCAGUUAUUUUUGGUCACCACCUUAGUGUACUUCUCAUGUUAUUACUGGCUUUGUCAUUGGUCUGUUCAUUUGUGGCUGGGGAUCAAUACAGAUUUUUCAGCAUUAAUUUACUGCAACAAAAAAGACACCACACAGUUGCUGCCAUGUAUACUACUGCAGCGACUAAAGCAUAAGUAAAAUAGGUAUGCAAGUACCAGUCGAAUUUAUAUAGUUGUAUACUCUCAUGACCAUACCAGUUAAACCAGUCUUUUGUUUAGUUCAUUGUCAUGUAAGUAAAUGUCUCUUGACUUUACAAAAUGUUGUAGGCACAAUCUUUAUUUAAUGAGAGUCUGUGGAGGUUGAGGGUGUACCAUGGUAUAUCUUUUUUGUUUUGUUUCAUGCGAUGCCACAACUGUCAGUUCUAAAUUCGUAGUGUUUCUGGGGCGAUAGCGAUCAAGGGAAUGUUAAAGGGAUGGUGAACCGAAAUUUGGAUUUCCGAAAAAAAAAAAAAAUGCAGGAAAUGUAGGCAGGACACUACAAUCUCUACACCAGUACUCGCAAGGCGAUAUCUCGAAUAGAUGGCCGUAUUUUUGGAAAAAGAGGUCGAGAUUGAACCAGGCCGACGAGGCGCGUGACGUCAAUAUACCAAGUUUCCUCCUCUCUUCGCUUCGCUCCCUCAAGGCCGCGAGGCGGGGAAGACGCGAGCCCGUUCCCUCUCCUUCUCGGAGAAACAUGACGACAUCAUCUCUGUCAAAUGCGCCUCUUUUCUUAAAAAGUUUGUCAUCCGUUCGAGAUAUCGCCGUAUGAAUGAUGUUUUGGUGUUCGCAGCAUCCUGUUGCACGCUUUUACCGCAUGUUUUGUGGGAUCAAAAUUUCGGCUCAGCAUCCCUUUAAGUCCGCAACUGACGUCACAUUGCAUGAUUCUUAAUUUUUGCAUAAUACUUCGUUUGUACCAAGCUCACCGAACCUGGAUGCUUGUUUUACUUUUUGUUGCAUCUGCCGCCACAUUUUACCCGUUGCACGCUGAACCGGUUAUUUCAUCCGUGUAAAUGCACAUGCAGCUAGCACUUGCUCAUUUAUCAUUCUUCUUGUAUAGUUACGAGGAAAGUGUUCUUGGACAAAGGGACUGGUCGAGUUUUGCGAACGAGCUUUGUGGACGAAAUGUACUAUGAGAAGUGAAAAGGCAAUCACGAGAACGCGAAAGGGUGCAAUAAUCUAUGUGGCAGUAACAGUGAAAGAAAAAAAAAAAAGUAAUGUCUUGGAACCUGCUAAGUACGCAAGACCAGCUCCCAUUUCCUUCGCUCGAUUUUGGAUGUCUUAAUCUUCACCUUUCAUAGCACUUUACUGUCGAGCCUUUUUCACAGUUUGUCUCCGCUAAACGGCACAAGUAGCUUGCAUCCUUGUAGAUAAGGUGCAGCUUUUUGCUUUCACAGUUUACUCUUUCAAUGUCCGGCAUUUUGCUGCACCGGAGAAAGUUGAUUCUAGUCUUGUGAGCACAUGAUCCCGGGUCAAACUGGUUAGUGAAUCGCUUCCCAGUACAGUUUGAUUCCCGUGUUUGUUGGGCAUCUAGUUGGGGUUGAAAUGUAUAUAGUGUAACAUACGCUACUGUGCGGGUCUGGUUUUGUUUUCUAACUUGACUGAGCAAUGCUUGACGCCUGAUACGACAGAUUGGGUUGCUGUGUAAUUCUCUGGGUCCUUCCUUUGCCAUCGUUAUUCUCUUUAUUUGUUUUUAUAACUUUUUCUCUAAUGGGAAGACGGAAAUAUACAUUCGCUUUUUCAUUACAAUGUAGAUGUUUGUUUUGUUUUUACGUAGUGUUUUUUGUUUAUUUCCUCGUGUUUCCACUCGUGUUCUAAAGCAGCGCAUAUAUGUUUAUUCAAACAAUGUAGUAACUAUCGUUUAAGAGCUGUUAUCUUCGCAAAGAGUUGAAGGCAGUGUGUGAUAUUUUCGUGCCGAAGAGAAUGUGGGUCUUUUUAGUAUUGUUUUGUUCGUAUAUUGUUGGUUUCUAAACUUUAAAAGGCAGGAUAUUGCUGCAGCGUUUUUUGUUUUGUUUAAUGUUUUUUUUUUAUUAGUCUUAACCAUGGCAUAAAUUUGUUGUUGGGUGGGCGUUGCAAUGGUACUGUUAUGCAUUGUUAUGUCCGACGACGUUUCUCGGGAUGACGUCGGGCAUUUGUUGCUGAACUGUCUCAUAAGCGUAGUUUGGGAGAGGUGCAGAAGAUGGUGAUACUUCGUUGCUGGUCACUGCUGGAGUUUUGGUGAAAUCGCUUCGACUCGCGUCUUGGGAGUUUCUGUGUCCGUUUCCCCUGUUUAUCGCAUUUAUCUUUUUAUAGCGUCGUCUGCCAUUAUUAAAGGCGAGGUAUGCAGGUG